UCAUUAUUCUGUCUCUCUGUUAAUCCAUAUACAAUUCAGAAAGAUCAUCCAAUUAUUUUGUCCCUCUUAAUCCAUCACUUUGUAGGUCUUUGUAGGCUUUGGUUUCUUCCAGGACAUCUUCAUUAUCAAGUUGAAACACCUAAAAAGCCAUGUUUCUUGUUUGCCGCCUUGUCAACUCUUCUUUUAAUGAGUGCAGCUUCUGCAUCAUAUUCUUUUUUCUUUGAAGCAAAGUGUGCACACCAAUUGGUUAGAGUACUAAUUGAAUCUUUACAAUCCUUUUGCCUUUCUUUGUCUCUGCAUGUGCCGGAUAAAUCUGCUGCUGCUGCUGCCUUGUGUGUCACAGGCAAAAGCCUAGGGAGGAUUAACAUGUUAUCUUCAUCAUCAAAGUGACCAAUCCAAUCCUUUCUUUCUGGUGAUUAUUAGAACUCGGCAAACUUGAAACUGGGACGGAGCUAUGCUUUCAGAAGAAUCCUAGGGGUUGCCAUUCUUUUGAGCCUUCAGUAAUGCAGCUUGUGAGUUCAUAGGCAGUGAGAUCAAGCAGCCUGGGCACCGUCAACUAUUCCUUCUUUGGUAGUUAAGCUACAACAAGGCAAAGACCACAUUAGCACCAGAUUACAGGACAAAAGUCUUCUCAGGAAGCUGCAGUUUAAGAUCAGCUGUGAUCUUAAGCUCAAGACUUGUGUUCUGCUUCAUUCUGAGAGUGCUUGGACAAAGACAGCUGCUUGUGGUGGCAAAAGGAUUCAAAGGUGGUGCCGAAGUUACGAUGGCUAUCAUCUUAGUUUCCCCUGCCUUAUUGAGCUAAUCCUUCAACCAACCGGAGCACAUCGAAAAGGAGAGCCUUACUAGUUGCAGAAUAGUAGCAGCAGCAGCAGCUGAUCACCAUGAAUGGCUUUGGAGAUCGACCAAAGACGUGGAGUGACAACACAACUCCAUCAGGAACAAAUGACAAGGAGGCUGCUUUCAAGGACUUGAGCUCGUCCAUGAAUGCUCUCUCCUUUGGCUUCAUUGCAACAGCAAUCUUGGUAUCCAUGUUCCUCGUCAUGGCGAUCUUCGAGCAUUUACUCAGAUCAAGGGCCUCUCACCCACCAUCUCAAACCAAUGCUCAUGGACACCUGGAGAUGCGCCAAGAACAGGAUCAGAUGCCUCCAAAGAUGAUCAAGAACUGGCAAAAUGUGGCAACUUCAAGCACAGUUGACUUCUCAGUCUUGAUGCCAGGACAACUGUAUCCAACAUACCUUGCUCAACCGGCUCCUCUCCCUUGCCCAAGAGAAGGGAUCAUUUGGCCUUCUCAUGACCACCAUGCCUUCGCUUCUCCCUAGCUUUCAAUCCCUCCUUGAUCCAUUCAGAUCUUGUACAAGCCCAUAUGCCCCUUGGUCACUUGUCAAAAUGUACUUCUCCCCUAUUGAUUUAUCAACAAAGUUCAGCUGUUCAUCGGUGUGUGCCCUCUCAA